AUGGCUGAACAGGUAGUGAAUGCCAUUCAGAUUGCCUGGAAUCCGACCUCCGACCAAGCCCUCAAAGCGCAAGCUUUCGACUAUCUUAACCAACUACGCUCCGAUCCCUCCGGAUGGCAGAUCUGCCUCGCCCUCUUCACUGAAACCCCACAGCAACCCGAAGUCGUACGACAUGUGAGCCUGGAAGUCGUCAAUAGUGCGGCGCAGGCUGGCUUAAUUGAUUUUUCCUCCUUGAUUAUUGUGCGGGAUAGCUUGCUGGCAUAUCUGCGCCAGGUUUAUGGGCCUAAUGGGACCGCCACCCCCGACGCACCGUCCAUUCAAAACAAAAUCGCCCAGACCGUGACUUAUCUCUUCUCCGCUCUAUACGGAAAUGGCUGGGAAUCUUGUAUCGACGAUCUUUUGAACCUUACAUACAAGUCUGCGGCCAGCACGAGCCGGGAUAACCCGCUCGGAAUAGUUUUCUAUCUGCGUGUGGUGAACUCAAUUCAUGAAGAGAUUGGCGAUGUGCUGGUCUCUCGGUCCCGUGGAGAGCAAGAUAAGGCCAACAAUCUAAAGGAUCUGAUCCGCGACCGGGAUAUGCAGAAAAUUGCAAACUCCUGGCAGGAGAUUCUCUCACAAUGGCGGGAUGGGGAUGAUACAGUCGUAGAGGCUUGCUUGAAGGCAGUUGGCAGCUGGGUGAGCUGGAUUGACAUUAGUCUUGUGGUGAACCAGCCGAUGCUUGAUCUUCUUUUCCAACAACUUGGGCGGGCUGAAAAACAAGAGUUGCGUGAGGGUGAGCAACGAGUUCGUGAUGCAGCUGUGGACGUGUUCACCGAGAUCAUUGGCAAGAAGAUGAAGCCUGCUGAUAAAAUUGAAAUGAUUGUUUUCCUGAAUCUGAAUUCGAUUAUAACCCAGCUCUCUAACAGUCCGCCCCUGCGAGAGAGUCGAUUCACCUCCAAGUACGACACCGACCUAGCCGAAACAAUCGCCAAGCUUGUCAACAUCACCGUCAUGGAUAUUGUCCGCGUUUUGGAAACCGAUACUGGCCCAGUGAAGGAGAAAGCCGAUGACCUUCUGCAGGUCUUCCUGCCUCAUGUCUUGCGCUACUUUUCAGAUGAAUAUGACGAAGUCUGCUCAACUGUGAUUCCCUGUGUUAACGACCUUCUUACAUACUUCCGCAAACUGUCCAAGACAAACCCGACCUUUGAGGACCGGAACAAAGCCAUUCUCCUCCCAGUUCUUAAGGCAAUCAUUGCGAAGAUGCGGUACGACGAGACUUCCAACUGGGGUGAUGAAGACGAGCAGACAGACGAGGCUGAGUUCCAGGAACUGCGCAAGAGGCUUGGUGUUCUACAACAGAUCGUGGCUUCUGCCGACGAACAGUUAUUUAUUGAUGCUAUCUCGGAGCUUGUGGGCACAACAUUUGAAAACCUACGAGUAUCGGGAGGUCAAAUUGACUGGCGUGAUCUGGACCUGGCUCUGCAUGAGAUGUUCUUGUUUGGUGACCUGGCUGUCACUCGCGGUGGUAUUUACCAGAAGAACGCGCCUGCAGGUCCUGCAGCAGCUCGUCUCAUCGAGAUGAUGCUCCGAAUGGUGGAAUGCGAUAUUCGAUCGUUCACCCAUCCUGCCACGCAACUCCAGUAUAUGGAGAUUUGCGUGCGUUAUAGUGCCUUCUUCCAGCACCACACCCACCUCAUCCCUGGUGUCUUGGAGAGCUUCCUCCAGCUCGUCCACCACCCUGUCAAAAGGGUGAAAACUCGUUCUUGGUACCUCUUCCAGCGCCUCGUGAAACAGCUAAGAACCUUUAUUGGCAAUGUGGCUCAGACAGUGGUGGAGGCACUUGGGGAUCUGUUGGUGAUUCACGCUGAACUGCCAUCAGAGGGCGAUGAUGGCGAUGAGAUGUCUUCCGAGGACCACGAAGGUUCUGCGGAUGCUGUGUUCACAAGCCAACUCUACCUGUUCGAGGCUGUUGGUAUUAUCUGCUCUACUAACGGAGUGCCCGCUAACCAGCAAGUCCUGUAUGCCCAGUCUGUGCUAAACCCGAUCUUUGCAGACAUGGAGCGAAACCUUGAAGCGGCCAAGUCCAACGAUGAGCGAGCAUUACUACAGGUUCAUCAUGAUAUCAUGGCACUUGGAACUCUUGCGCGAGGUUUCUCAGACUGGAUGCCAGGUACAAGCACCCCGUCUAACCUCCCAGCUCCAGAGGUCUCGGAAGCUUUCUGUCAGGUGGCAGAAGCGACUCUGGUUUCUCUCGAAUCCCUCAAGGCCUCUUUCAAUAUUCGUACCGCUGCUAGAUUCGCCUUCUCACGUCUCAUUGGUGUCUUGGGAGCCCGCAUCCUUCCCCAAUUGCCCCGGUGGAUUGAUGGGCUUUUGACACAGACCUCUUCAAGAGAUGAAAUGGCACUCUUCCUGCGUCUCCUCGAUCAGGUCAUUUUCGGAUUCAAGGGCGAGAUUUUCAGCAUUCUAGACACUCUCUUGACUCCCUUCUUGCAACGAGUAUUCUCCGGUAUCGCAGAUCCCACCACAGGAACCGAUGAUGAAAUUCAGCUUGCCGAGCUCAAGCGUGAAUAUCUGAAUUUCCUUCUCGCUGUCUUCAACAAUGACCUGGGUGCUGUCAUCAUCAGCGAAAGAAACCAACCGAUGUUCGACACUGUUAUCACCACCAUUGAGCAUUUUGCCAAGGAUAUUGAAGACUUCACCACCGCCAAAAUGGCAUUUUCCGUGCUUCACAAAAUGGGUAGCUCCUGGGGAGGGCCAGAUGUCACCCAAGGUUCUACCAAUGGAACCACGCCGAACCAGACCACAUUGCCCGGAUUCGGUGCAUUCAUGAUUACGCGAUUCUCACCCUUGUGUUGGUCGCUCCCAAUGACUCCCUCCUUCAACUCCAAAGAUGCCCAGGCCAAGCAGGUCCUUGCCGAGGCAGGCGGACUUCAGCGCACAAUCUACCUGAAGACAGGUGCAGAUUAUGUGAACUAUCUACGGACUCAGGAGCUACCAGGCAUGGGAAUGGGAGGGGAGCUUAUUGAAGAGUUUUUGGCGGCAUUGAGCCAGCCGGACGCGAAGGGAUUCCGGCACUUCUUCCCGUCAUUCAUCCAGCGAUUGAGCGCAUGA